GAUCACGAUCAUUUGAUGGGAUCGAAAAGACCGGGUAUCUUUCUUCUCCUAAGGAUCGCAACCACUUAAUGGGAUCGAUAAGGACGGAUACCUUCUUUGAAGGAUCGAUAAGAUCGGACAUCUUCGAAGGAUCACGACCAUUUUGCAAUGGGAUCGAUAAUAAUGGACAGUUUCCUUCGAAGGAUCACGACCAUUUAAUAGGAUCGAUAUCUUACUUCGAAGGAUCAAGACCAUUUGAUGGGAUCGAUAAGACCGG